AGGGUGAACGAUGCCCACUGAGUCCAAUGUACAGUAUUUAUUCAGCGCUCCUGACUGAUUACCUGGUUCGAGUUGUCAGCUGCUAUUGCCGUUUGCUUGUUUCGGAGAGGGCGGGCAGCCCGGACAGCCCUGCUGCGCUCCUGGAGCGAGUACUUCAUUGAACGGCAGCAGAAGGCGCCGCAGUUCGUUGAGACGACACCCGACUGCGCGACGGCCUUUGGCAUUAACUGCCCAAGGUAGAUCCCCGCACGAAACCAGCCACUAGCUAAACUGACCAAGUAACAAGCUCGUAGAUUCGCCAACACUCUUCUCAAUUCAUCACGGCGCGUUUAGUUACCGUCGCUAGUGGCUCUGUAUUGCUGGUGGCUAGCCAGAGAGCCGCUGUUGUCUUACUACGACCGCUGCGGUGAGCACAGGGCUAAAUGAGCAGCCGAGUGUACUCGAAUAGGGCGGCGGAGCUCCAGUAUAUUAGAAACAAGUGUUUCCUUUGUGGUACAUUAUCUCUGGAACUAGUUACUCUGUAGAAGGUUGUAGGUCCUGCGACAAAUCUGCAGGCUCCCAGGCCGAGCUUGCAGUGCCGUGUGUGCAAUUUUGUUUAACUGUGUGCGUGUAGUUGUAUCUGUAUACAAAUUAAAUUGUAGGAGAUUUCUUUGCGGGUGGGUGCACCGGCUUCUGUUCUUUCUAGUCUAUUAUCAGCGAAGUGACCCAAAUCUGCUGUCGAGGAACUAAUGAUGAAAACGCCGUCGAUUACGUGCAUUUUACACAAAUAUAAAUGCUAUGGAAGCUAGUUUCAAUAAAAACUAGUACGCGUACGAUACGCUAGUACUACUUGUAUACGCCGAUAUGUGUCGAUGGAGUGCCUGAUAAAUCAAUGGCAUUGUUACGUAGGUCAACGAGAUUUCGUUGCUGGUCUUGUUGCUCGUGUUGUGCACCGCCACGAACAGUGGAACUUCGUCUCCUGCAAUCGUGACCAUGGUCGCCACCAAUAGUCACCCCUUGCGCCAAAAAGGACCAUGGUGGUGAGCGCUUUGAGCCUGCUCAUUAAUUAUCGCUGCUCUGAGGGUUUAAAGUACGGAGGAAAAAAGGACAAACUCUCCAGUGUUUCUCAUAUGAAUAGGUUGAUAACGUGAGUGCUUGUCAUAGUAUCUCUAGAGUCAAUAAGGCAAAGCAAGAUCUGCAGAUGUGGGAAAACUUCGUCCAACCAAUAUGUCCACUGGAGCUUCAGUCACGACUCUCACAACUGCUAUUACAACACGGUCACCACCCGCAGUGAUCAUCCUCGAGUGUCCAUGUUGUGAGCGCGAAUUCUCCCUACAAAUCCGACGCCCUCAGGUCCUUUCCUGCGGACACACAGUGUGUGAGCUAUGUUCGACGACAGGACGACACCGCGAAACGUGCGACUCACCAGAACAUGAUGUUAUCAGUGAAAACCUUAUCUUACUACAGUUACUCGGUGAGCGACGGGAGAAUAGUGAAGAUAUUGACUACUUCAUCUCGAUGGCGUACAGACAAAUCUGUUCAUUAGCCAGCCUCCUCCGACCAUCACCAAACGCGCAUGCAGCCGUCCUGAGUCGGCCGAUGUUGCGAAAGCUUUUGGCAUUCGUUAAUUCGAAUCUUGAAGAACCCUUCGGACUACAUAAGGCAUUGAAGGCGGCUCGCUCGUUAGCUGAACGUUCGCUUGUUGAGGUCAUCCUCGAGCAGCAGUCUUCUGGCCAACUGACGGCAUCCCUCUGGGCAGCGGUAAGAGCUCGUGGUUGUCAGUUCCUUGGUCCGGCAAUGCAGGAAGAGGUUCUGAAGCUGGUCCUGCUCGCGCUUGAAGAUGGAUCUGCACUUUCAAGAAAGGUCUUGGUGAUGUUUGUUGUUCAACGUUUGUCAACACUGUUUCCGCAUGCUUCGAAGACCUCGAUCGGUCAUGUCGUGCAACUUCUAUAUCGGGCUAGCUGUUUUGUCGUCGCGAAGCGUGACGGUGAUUCUUCACUGAUGCAGCUCAAAGAGGAGUUUCGUACCUACGAAUCCUUACGACGUGAACACGAUGCCCAGAUUGUUUCGAUCGCCUGCGAGGCAGGAUUGCGUAUCGCCCCGGAGCAAUGGAGCAGUCUUUUAUAUGGAGACGGAACACACAGAUCUCACAUGCAGAGUAUCAUUGAUCGUUUACAGGCUCCGCAAUCGCUCGAACAGACCACUAGAGAAUUAUCGUCCUUAGCCACGAGAGCCAAUCACCUACCGCUGGCGUCCUUGCUUCAGCUACUGCAGCAACCUCUCAAGAUUCUCGAAUGGCAGCCGGACGAAGUAGCUUCAUCGGGAGGAAAGGCUGUCUUCGAUUUCAUAUCUGCAGCCGUCUCUACUGUGCAUUGCUGUCUCUCACUCCUCCAGCAGCAGCAGCAGCAAGGGAGCGGUCCUAAGAUAAAUGGUCUUCCUUCACCUAUUUCUGCCUCCCAUCCAUUCCAGCAACAACCCUCGCAGCAGCAGCAGCAUCACUCCACGAGGAGCACCAAUAUGAACUGUAGCACAAUAAACAACAAUAAUAACAGCACUGCUAAUUGUAACGUCUGUAGCAGCAGCAGCAGCAGCAGCAGCGGCGGUGGUAACAACAACGGUCACAAUGUCGAUGAACAUCUGUAUAAUGGCAGCUCGAAUAACGGAAUAACACCAGCUGUAUCGCCAUUGCACCCGUCUCCUUAUCCGGCUUAUAAAUAUAAAGUGAAUCUUUGUCGAGAUAUGAAUCAUUUUGGGGUUUGUCCACGGGGCGUCGUCUGCACGUUCGCUCACUCUAUUCGGGAGCAGGAGCAUUUUCGGACACGCGGCAAACAGCACAGCAGACCUCAGCAACAGCAACUUCACUUGACCCCGUCUCAGCAGCCUCGCCAUCACCAGCUACAGCCGCAACAGAUUCGUCCGUAUCAUCAUCAGCCCCCCCAGCAUGGACAACGUUAUCCAGCAGCGGUGGUGGCAACGACUACCGAACAAGCGGCACAGCAGACCCCUAUUAUAUUUCACUCUCUAACUGAGCCGCCGUCCCCGCCAUCGCAGCCACGUCAUCGCCAGCAGCAUCAUCAUUAUCAUAAUCACAGUCAUCUUCAGAGUCCGCAGUCACAGCUCCACUCCACAGAACCAGCGGCCUCUGAUGCCCGAAGGCAGGUUGUCGACGCGAUCGAGGCCACUCCUCAUUAAGACGACUGGCUUCAAGCGAUCCGCACGCUACAAGACCCUGCGGCGCGUCUGUAUAAUGCAUAAGAGUAUCGACAUUAAGGAUCAUAACAAAUUUUCAUUAAAUCAGGGCGCCGGGCCGCGCUUGAUGGCGGUACUGGACGUAAAAUUCGAAGAGUUGAUUGACCGAUCGUUUUUGUUGAGACUAGAAAAUUUUAAGCGGCAAAUUUUUCGGUGCCGAUUGCCGCCCUUAAAUCGGAACGUUGUACGCUUUUCGUUAUCGUUACAGGUGAUAAUGGCAGACGGUGGGUUUGUUGUGUACGUACAAUAGGGACAGGGCAUGGUGAUGAUGCGUGGUCGUGAAAAGACUUUUAGCCAAAAGCCUAGAAGGGACCUUUUUACUGUUCGAAGUUGAUAGCAUUGAAGCAGCAUAAAACGAUUAAGGUGGUGAAGUAUCUUUUUGUUAGCAGAUUCCGUUGAUUGCAGCGGCGAUUAUUAAUAAACGAAUAGGCCCACAUUAGACCUGCGGUUGAAGGCGAAUGUCACUAACAGUAUAGUUUAUAGGUUUAGUCCUUCGGGAAAAGCAUUUGCGUUAUUGAUGGCACAGUACCACUAAAUGGUUUUGUACAUUUCCCAUAUCAGCUGUAAGCGUGCACACUCCAGUCAUGUGGCUGAUAUCUUGUCCUAUUCUUUAAGUAAUUAUUAUGGCAAGUUUCUACUCUAGGCAGGACAGAAGAAGCACCUGCUUAUUACGAAUGAUUUUUGAGUUUUUCGUCUGCGUGAGUGAGUGAGAAGGUUAUGCCUGCUGUGUGUGACAGACUGGUUCUCUCGAGCUUUCGCGCUCGUCAUCGACGCCCAGAUCGCACCGUACGACGUGAGCGAAGGAUUUUCUCAGUAAGAUUUCUACACUAGUGUAAUGACAUACAUUUAUACAACAUCUAGUAGAUAAAAAUCCGUAUAGCUGGUGCAUUGCGAAGACAAAUUUCGUCUGACGGCAUGAAAUGGUGACCGUGCAAAGAGCAAUAGAGAAAAAAUUAUAUAUUUACCAUUGAUUAUUAAGUAGCUGGUUACACAAAAAGGAACCGUUCGUAGGCUACAGCUCUAUUAUAUGACAGACCACACUAUAAAGGAAAAAUUACAAUAUUGAUCAAAAUUAGCGUGCGAUAAACUGCAACAUACUAAGAUCGAAUGGAUUUUUUUAAAAACAUCAAUAAGGUUCUUUGAUGUGAAAAUGUUCAUGUGUACACAAGUAUAAAUGGGUAAAAACAUGAGCGGCUUUCUAACCGGCGCUCAAUAUUCGAUCAUAGUUAUUGCAAGGAUAACUAUUGAUGGCAUUUUACACCGAUAACGUCGUCAAAGGAUUUCUUUAUGUGUGGGGGGAGGAGGGCGGCGACAUUUUCAAGCGUUUGCCCGUACACUUAAAAAAAAAUACAACUAACAGCGAAUGCAUACGUUUACUUCGACCAUCGCUACCGAACGCUUAUAGGCUGGACCAUAUAUUCCACGGAAGCUAUUGAUAGUGGGGUUCCUACUGAGAGUUGUCCAGGUCCAAGGAUGAUUUAAAGGGAGCUAGCGUACGACCAGUGAACGGACUGUGGUUUCUCGCUAAAAAAAAAGUAACGAUUUUGAUAGCCUAACGCUUGCAGUAUCGAGGUGCUACACCUGUAGGGCAAAGCACUUCGAUUGUUUCGCCUGUACGCGCCAUAGGCACGAACAACAGUAUUUACGUCAGAUUCAGGUCAUGAAAAUAACAUUGGGUGGGCUUGUAUUUGUUUCUCAGAAGCGAAUCUUUAUGGCCAACUAACCUGAAUGAAUUUAAAGUGAAAGUUUUCACGCAUUGUUCGUUCUCAUUUUGAAUGAAUCAAUAUUAUAUUUGCCCUCUAAUCAGUUAUCGUCCGUAAUUAGCGCCAUAGUUCAGGGCACUUGUGCUUGUCUCUUUGAUGGCAUCGACUACCUGAACAUUGUAGGAGAGGUACAGCGUAAAAAUUCUAUUAGUCGAGAGCGAAGCACGACCAUUUGCAUAGCUUUUACGAUUAGUAUGAUUGCUGUUGCUGUUGUUGUUGUUGUUGUUGUUGUUGUUGUUGUUGUUGUUGUUGUGAAUGUACUUAAUGAUACAGUGCAUGCCAAAGGAAGUAAACUAUGAACGCUGCAACAUCAUCAUAACACUCAUUGAUGCUCUCUAUACGAUUAUUGUAUCUGGUUGGUUUUUUGAAUUACUUAUCUAGUUAAUCAACUGAUAAUCGUUGUUUAUGCUGCUGAUAAUUAUAUCGUUGUUGAUGUUGUAGAAAAGCUCUAGUUGUUAUAUAGCAAUUAACUAUAUACACAUCGAUGGAAGAUAUCAUCAAGUGCUUGGGCCUCUACCUCUUUAUUCAUGUCAUCGUAAUAAUAACUAAACGUAGCAGUAAUUUAUCUAGAUGAGAUCGUGUACGUGCGAGGCAUUACGAUGGAGGAAAGAUUUGAGAGGUAGCAGUAACGCGACCACUCACAAUCUUCAUCUGGCUCUUGUCUCAAUUCGAGAGGCGAUAUUUUCGUUGCUAGACGUUCGUCAUUUUGCCAAAGUCAGCAGUAAUUAUCGCAAGCUAAAAUGAUCAAAGACCAUUUGCUAUCGAAUUGAAGAAAAAUUCGUUUGCAUUUGCUCGUUGUAAAUAUAUUAGUGACUGCAAAUAUACACUUUUUCCCUGUUUUUAAUACUCGUAUAUAUAUAUAUAAAUAAGUGUAUACAGGUGUUUUUUUUAAUAAAAAAUGAAUGGCAUUCAUACAUCUAUUUGCAUAUACCUCCGAUCAUCUAACAUGGAAGCAAACUCAUUUGGAACGAUAUGUUUCUGUCUGAUACCCGGACAGUCGAAGAUGAUCACCCGACAAAUAACAGCGAAUCGAGUUUCGUAAACCCUAUCGCUCCAGGAGCUUACUACUACUACUAUAACUUACACUGAAAUUAAGUGACAUUACAUCAAAGGCACUCAUCAAGUUAGAAGAAUAUGUUAUUGAUAAUAAACAGAAAAACAGUCGGUUGUGCGAGCGGUGAAUUGUUGAACGCAAGUUAUUCGUACGGGAAUGAUUGAGUGAUGCCCUACCAUCGACACAUCCCUCCCGUUACCUUACGACAAAAAUAGCGGCCAAUCUCAAUGAUAAUAAUAAUAAUAAUAGUAGUUUUAGGUUACAAUAGUUUGUAUUGACUGUACAUCAAUGUCUGUAAACAUACAUACGCUUUUUUAAUCACUAAGUUUAAGGGUGUGGACAACGUUUAAAAUAUGAUCGCAGAAUUCUCCCCUUAUACACCCUUAUACACCUUAUUCCCCCCCCCCUGACACAAACUGAUCGUCACUCAUAUAAGCUCCCCUGUAAUAUGAAAGUUUGAUACGAGAAAUCUUUUCAAAAGCAUAAGAGCGCUGCACAAAGCAGAAAGGUGUCAGUCUUUUUGCCAAGGCAGUUUCUAUAGCCUAGCGACCUUCUGUCUGAAAACCGAACACAGUAUGGAAAACCUUUUUCCUUUAAGCAGUCUGUUCGUUUGUUACUAGAGAAGAUUUGAUGUAGAAGGGUAUAGAUACCCUCCGUGAUAACCAUAAACGUCAAUUACAGUUACAGAAAAUAAAGCGGUAUUUCAGAUUAAACAAUUUUUUACCUCCAAAAAUCGAUCUGCUCAUUCCGUGUU